AAACUCGAAAGUCAGUUGCAAGAAAGCUCGCCGACCGCGCGGUCAACGGAGACUGGCUGAGCUGAGCGGGCGCUUUCUCUUUUAUUUUUCUCCAUUGACGACGCUGCGUGCGCGUCGCAUCUCCCCCGCAAAAAAGAAAAACGACAACAACAAUAAGAACUGCGCGGUGCAUAAAUAAAACAAACGAAAAUAUAUAUUUGUUAGCCGGGAAUUUAUGCAAAAGCACAAAAAUAAACAAGACAAGAAAAGCAAACUAGUGAUGACAGGCAAAAGUUAUAACAGUACUUAAAUCGCGGCACAAGAACGUAAACACAGAAUCGUAUGUGUAAAUUCCAUAGGAAAAAGCAAAAGAAAGGAAGAAGAAGCAUCAGCGUACAAGAAGUACAAGAACAACAACAUGAGGUCGCCGACGUCGACGCAGAUAGCGACUGCGACGCCGGCAGUGUUAGCGGCAAGACAAUUCGAAUUUCUUUGGAUGCUGAUGGACUAACGGUGCUUUAGUGGUUGUUCUACAUAACCGCGUCUAUAUGUGUAUGUGUGUGUGUUUGUGUGUAAAGCGAAAAAGCAGCAAAAACUGAAUGUGCAACCGAAGCAGCAAAGCAGCGUAAAAUAAAAGCCAUAGAAUAUUGUAAAAAGCAGCGGAUCGGUGAAAAGCGUUAACCGAAGCCAAGAAUAAAUUAUAACCAAACAAAAAAAAAACAAAAGAAACGCGCAGCCAAAACAACAAACAUCAAAAGUUGCCAACUUUUUUCUCUUGCGACCGCAGCAGCCAAAGGAGCAGCGGCGUCAGCAGCGACGCCCGACUGCAGCCAGCGACGCGCUGGCAACAACAAAUUGCGAUGCCUGGACUUGUGGUCUUCAGACGUCGCUGGUCUGUGGGCUCCGAUGAUCUCGUGGUGCCGGGCGCAUUUCUCCUGACGAUUCAUUUUAUAUGUUUUGUGAUUGUUAGCGUCUCGUUGGUUAUCUUUGAGUAUAAUACACGAAUUUUAAGCGUAAAAUUAUUGUUCUAUCAUCUAAUAGGCUACUUGUUGAUACUAUUUUUUUCAAUAUGUGUAGAAAUAGGUAUAUGUGUGAUCUCGAUGCGUGGCAGCAUUCUGGAUGCCGAGGCGCGCACCUCAAUCAACAUCUGGAUAUAUCUCAAGAGCCUGGUAAUCCUGUUCGAUAUUGCCUGGCUGGCGGUGGGCUCCGUUUGGCUGGGGCAUUACUACACCACUGCACCCAUCGAUGAUCCCAAAAAGGUCUACAUAGCAAUUAUCAUCUGCAAUUGGGCCCUGGUGGUGAUCACCCUCAUUACGAUAUGGUGCACCUUCGAUGCUGCCGGCAGAUCCUGGGUAAAGAUGAAGAAGUACCAGCGAUCCAUGCGCGAGACGGAGUCUCGUUUUAACUAUAAGCGGAGCAACAGUAUGAACCGCAACUGGCGACAAAGGAAAGUGAUGCGUGCCUACCAGGACAGUUGGGAUCAUCGCUGCCGCCUGCUGUUCUGCUGCAUGGGCUCCUCGGAGCGCAACCGGAACUCGUUCACGGAUAUUGCCCGCCUGCUGAGCGACUUCUUUCGGGAGCUGGACGUGGUGCCAUCGGAUGUGGUGGCGGGAUUAGUACUGCUACGCAAGUUUCAGCGUCUUGAACGCGAGGCCAUUGUGCGGCAGCGCAAGAAUGGCACCUACGAGUUCCUCAGCGGCGUACCGAUCACGGAGCGGACCCAGUUCCUAGCACUCAACGAUGCCAAAAACUAUGACUUCUUUCAAACGGUCAUCCACUACAUGUACUUUGCCCAGGGCGCUUACGGCUGGCCCAUGUACGUCAUCAUCAAUCGCAGCAAGAUGUGGCACUUGGUGCCGGAACUGAAAUGCUUUGGCUGCUGUUGCGGCACAAGUGAUGAUACGGAGGUGAUCCAGGACAACUGCUGCCUGUGCAACUAUGCGGCGCUUAAGAAGACGCUACAGCUGGGCGACAUCGAUAUCGUUUAUGCCACCUAUCACGUGGACGUGGGCGAGACGCCAUUCUUUGUGGCCAUCGACUACACGCAUCGAUCGGUUGUGAUCAGCAUACGUGGUACACUUAGCAUGAAGGACAUCCUUACGGAUCUGAAUGCCGAGGGUGAAGUGUUGCCGCUGCAGCCGCCGCGUGACGAUUGGCUGGGCCACAAGGGGAUGGUGCAAGCGGCGAUCUACAUACGCAACAAGCUGCAAGAGGAAAACCUCAUCGAGCGGGCACUGCAACGGAAUCCGGACCGCCAGACGCACACCUUUGACCUGGUGCUGGUGGGCCAUUCGCUGGGCGCAGGCACAGCGGCCAUACUCGCCAUUCUCCUAAAGCCCGAGCAUCCCACGCUCCAGUGCUUUAGUUACUCGCCGCCAGGAGGUCUGCUCAGUAUGCCCGCCGUGGAGUACUCAAAGUCGUUCAUCACCUCGGUGGUCCUGGGCAAGGACGUAGUGCCGCGCAUCGGACUCAAUCAAAUGGAGGCCCUGCGAGCGGACCUUAUCAAUGCCAUUCAGCGCAGCGUGGAUCCCAAGUGGAAGACCAUUUCCUGUUCGGUCAUCUGCUGUGGCUGUGGACCCGAGCCCACUUCCGUGGUCAACAUGUCCUGCCAGGACACGCACAUUAAUCAGUACCAGGAGGAGCGCGGCACUGCACGUUCGACCAGCGCUCAUCCGACGGACAGCUCGAUAGCUUUAACCCUGCACCAGCCCUUAUAUCCGCCCGGUCGCAUCAUUCACAUUGUGCGGCACCAUCCCAAGCCCGACGAGCAAAAAUACGACAGUGGUUGGAGAAAUGUUCUAAAGAAUCGGGAGCCCGUUUACCAGGCCAUCUGGGCCGACUCCACGGACUUCGAUGAGGUGCUCAUCUCGCCGGUGAUGCUGCAGGAUCACAUGCCCGACAAGGUGCUCGCCGCCCUCAAGAAGGUCGUGUCUUGUAGAGAUCGAACCGUAAAGGCAUGUACCACUCGUAGACGUAAUGAUAACACGACAAUAACUACAACUACAACAGUUACAACAACAACAACUACGACAACACAAAAUACAGAUACCAGUGGGCCACGCAAGCCCCAGCGCCAGACCUCGAAUGCAUUCUCCACCGGAUCGAACGAAGCAGCACACGAUACGGACGUGGAACCGCCGGACUGCAGCGGCCACAGUGCGCCGACGGAUGCCAUGAGAUUCGAGCCGCGUACGAAUCCCGACCAGAUGCAGAACUCGCUGUCGCAAACGCAACACUGCAAGCGACCCUCGCAAAGUUCCUACACGAACCUGAGCAACUGCCUCGUCCUAACGCCGACCGCCCAGCACAAGCUCUGUCUGGAGACGUCGUUCACCAACGGAUCGGCUCCACUCCAGCCCGGUGUACAGUCGAAUCAGCGGCUAGCAUCGGCGGCCUCAUCGCUCCUGAGCUCGGCAACCACGCCGUAUGACAUAUCAAGUGCUCUGGACGACAGCCUGGCCACGGUGGCGCUGCGGCAGAGUCCCUCGCUGAUUAGCGCUGAGACGACGGCCACGGUGAUUGUUAAUCCCGAACCGGAUACGGAGGAGAUAGCCAUACCGCAACGCCUAAAGGCGGUGGCAUUCGAUAUGGCCCUCACUCCGCCGCCAACGCUGCCGGAGAGGUUACUGCUUGGUCGCCAACACUCCGAGAAGAAGCCACGUUCGCUGCCGCUUGCCCAAAUCCAGGCGCUUCGUAGAGCUUCCGAUGCGGGUGCGGUACCUGGUGUGGAUCUCCUGCACGACGACUGGUAUGGCCUGGCCCCGCUGGCCAGUCCCGAAACGCUGUCCGAAAUCUCUAGCGUCUCCUCGCGCACCAGCGUUCCCAUUAGCCUGGCCAACAGCAUUGAGCGCUAUCUGCAGCACAUGGGCGUGGCCGUGGGCGUGGGCGGUCCGAAAGUUCCACUCGAGGACAUCUUCGAGUCGCAGCUGCAUACGCCCAAGGUUAUGAGGCGGGCGCCCAAAUUCAGCGAGAAUCUGGCGGGCUGUGCAGAGGACACCAGAAAUCUGGACCAGUACAAACGGCUGGGUCGUGUGUUCAUCACCUUUCCGCGCAUCUUUCCGGAUCAAUCGCCAGCGACACAUAGUCUGGACUCCAGCGACGAUAGCUUCGAGUCUGCGUCGGCUCACAGCCUGCAGAGAUUGCAGCUGCCGCACGGUGCCAAUGCGGUGCAGAGUUCCAAGUCCGCCGAUCCGCUGGACGGGGAUCCGGAUGCGACGAGGCAAACGCAGCCGGCCAAAAAGUUGACGUUCAGCGAUAGCGAUAUCCUGACGGACGCGGACUGCCUGCGACUGUGUCCACACUGUCCCUGCGAUCGGGAUGUCCAGCGUGGCUGCUGCACUCGCUCGGAGCACGGAAAGUGCGGCACUGAGUUUGCCGGCGGAUCUGGUGGUGCCGCCAUAGGAUUGGGCUCCACAGACACUAGUUUCUACAGUGCCAGCUCAUCGCUGGAACAGUUUGCCACACCGGCCCGGCAGAACGGUGGUACCGGUGGCUCUGGCACCCACCUGGACGAGAUACUCAUGCGACCCGGCGUGCUGGAGUCCCAUUUUCCCGUUCUCGGCGGUGGCAGCACGUUGGAAACACCGGCACUGGUGGCACCAGCCUCACCAUCGCCGCUGAGCAAUGGCAAGCGACCGGAUGUUGUUGGUGGCAGGGUGAGGAAACGGCUAUCGUCCGAGGAGUUCGUCUUCUCCAGGAGCGAGGAUAUGCCCAGCCUAGUACAAAUCGGUGAUUGGAGCUCCGGCUCUCCGGCGGGACGUCGUCGGGCCAAGGGCUGUGUCUAUCCGGCCGGGAAUAGUCUCCGUUUGGACGCUGCUGCCGCAGUCGCCUCCGCUUCCGCAUCGCCCACGUCCAUUAGUAAAUUUACCCGCACCCGUGUGGCCGCCGGAGGAUUGGCAGCCAAACAGGCUGCCGGCAAUAACGAAAGUAACGUUUAAUAGUUGUAAGUUGUAAGCAGUACGUACCUUCACCUGGACAGAUGCGAUUUCAACCCAAAGUCGACAAUUACAUAUGCUGUAUGCCGUUGCCAUUGCUUUCACAAGAGCGAUAUACACAAAAACCAGUUGAUUACAAAUUAAAGGAACUCACAAGGAAUCUAACAUUUUGCAUACCGAUUACCUAAGGAACAACAUUUAGCAUUAACACACACGAGCGUUUACUAUUAACUAAAUGCAAUAUGUAUAUUUAUAUAUAUAUAAAUAUAUAUUUUUUUGUGCAGCCAAGCCCCAAGCGACGAGAAAUUGUAAUAAAACGUUUUAAAAAAUGAA